AUGGCAUCGUCUACGACCCCUUCCACAGAUGAGAAACAUGUCGACAUCAAAUCGUCAGCAACUAGUCAAUCAACGAUCAAGGGCGAUGGCGCGCUUCAGCUUCUCGCGGCGGGUGGUGAAGCCGGCACUCUUGACCCCGAGGCCUCGCACCGACUAGUCCGCAAGAUCGAUCUGUACGUGAUGCCGCUGAUCUGCGUCGUAUAUUUCCUGCAAUAUCUGGAUAAAAUCGCUAUCAGUUACGCCAGUGUGACUGGUCUUCGGCAGUCAGCCAAUCUUCAUGGAAACCAGUUCAAUUGGGUCUCCAGCAUGUUUUUCUUCGGUCAAUUGGCGUUCCAAUUCCCGACGACCCGUCUUAUCCAGGCAUUUCCCCUUGCUCGAUACGUCGCCUUCAAUGUGACGGUCUGGGGCACGAUACUGGCAUGCAUGGCCGCGUGCCAUUCUUUUGCUGCAUUGAUGGUAUGCCGUACAUUGCUCGGUGCUGCCGAAGCCGCGGUGGUACCGGCUUGGGUGGUGUUCACGUCCCAAUGGUAUCGUAAGGAGGAACAGGCUUUUCGGGUCGGAUUGUGGUUCUCGAUGUGUGGCUUUGCGCAAAUGUUCGGCGGGUAUAUCGCAUACGGUGUAGCCAUUCAUAUCGGUGGCGAUCCUACCGCUUCUCUUCGCGGAUGGCAGGUAAUUUUCCUCAUCCUGGGACUGUUCACUGUCGUGAUUGGCAUCUUGUUCUUCUUCAUCCUGCCAGAUUCGCCUGUGACAGCUGGGUUUCUAUCUCCGGAGGAGAAGGCCCUACACGCAGAGCGCCUGCGAAGCAACGUCCAGGGCAUCGGCAGUAACGUGUUCAAGAAAGCCCAGGUGUAUGAAGCGCUUAAAGACCCGAACACCUGGCUGUAUUCCUUCUGGGUUUUGGGUGCCAAUGUACCGAACUCCAUCGCGACUAGUUUCGGGAACAUUCUCGUCACCGGCAUGGGCUAUUCGCAAACAAAGAGUCUCCUUCUUGUGACACCUUUAGGUGCCUAUGAGGUUGUCGCCCUCAUCGGGCUGACCUACCUCGCUAUGAAAACUGAACAGCGACUCCUCUGGUGCAUAAUCGGUCACAUCCCGUCGAUCGUGGGUGCCAUUCUCAUGGCAACAACAGACAAGGCCCCCGCCCUCGUCGGCUACUAUCUCACAGGCGGCAUUCCAAUCGGGUGGACCACUAUCCUGGGCCUCACAAGUACCAACAUCGCUGGAUCAACAAAGAAAAUCACUGUCUCAUGUAUCCAGACCAUCGCCUACACGGUCGGAAAUAUUAUUUCGCCGCAGACCUUCCAGGCGAAGGAUGCCCCGCAGUAUCUGCCUGCCAAGAUCUCCAUCGUCAUCUUGUACGUGCUUGUCACGCUGGACCUUUGCCUAAUUCGCUGGCUGUCGAUCCGGGAAAAUCGCCGCAGGGACCAAGAAAAGGAGGCGCUUGGUGAUGCGUAUGUCAUACCGGAGAAUCAUGAAUUCUUGGAUUUAACCGAUCGGGAGAAUCCGGAGUUUCGAUAUGCGAUUUGA